GUUCUUAAAUUGCACACAGAUUGAAAAUGGCGACCAUUGAGCAAAAAAACACAAGCAGUCACAAUUGAGAGCACACCUAGAAUGCCUACAAGUACAAAACAGAAUGGAGGCGGAACAAUUCACAUCAUCGCUUGUAGGACGUGAGGAGGAUGAUUCCAAUUGGGAUCGUGAUGACAAUACGAUUCACAGUGGUCAUUUUAUGGUAAGUCGUGUUCACUCGGGCGAAGAAGAAGAAGGAGAAGAAGAUGCCAUCAGCCCGAAGAAUACUGAUCAAAGAGGUUAUGACUUUACAAGUGCUGAACUGGAUACAAGCAAAAUUUAUUUGUUUGGAAAUAGAAGCACAAAUACUUUGACAGUAGAAAAGGAAUUAACUACACUAUUCGAUUGUCUAACUAUAGCAUACAGUGCAAAAUUAACUUCUCCUAAAUGGAAACGUUUUAAAGGUGUAAAACUGCAAUUAAAGGACAAAAUCCGCCUAAAUAAUAUUAUCUGGAGAGAAUGGUAUAUGCAAUAUAUACAGAAUCGACAUCCUGUUAUUUGUCGAUUUUCUGCUCCAAUUGCUGAUGAGACGCAUGCUAAACCAGAGGCUGUAGUUUUGGAGGGUAAAUAUUGGAAACGAAAGCUGGAGAAUGUAACGGCGGAGUAUAAGAAAUGGCGCUCCUAUUCUAUGCAUCAAUUAAAGUUUAAAAAUAAUGACCUUCUUGAUAUUUUUGCGCAUACCAGAAAGGAUUCGCGAGACAGCGAUUCAUCUCUCCCGCUGUUCAAUAUAAACUCUAACCUUUCAACUAUUAUGAAUGAGAUUAUGUUUGAUCAGCCGGAGGAUAUGGAUUUCUCCGCCGAUACUCUUUUCUCCAGUUUUUCUGUUCUUCCUUUUCCUAAUCCGAAGGAAAUAUCCAACGCUCCAGUUCCCGCUGACGCUAUUCAACCUGGCUUAGUUCAACUACAGCCUAACAUUGAUGAGUUAAUGGAAAUUGACGGUAACGAUAUAUUCAUAAAUGGAAACGUUUCGAUGUCGCAAUCUCAUUCAGUGGCUGAACCUGCAGCACCAUCUGUGUCCUAUACACCAACGUCUUUCUCAUCUAGUCCGUCACUGUUUCGAGUUGCGGCUCCUGCCCAGCAGACUGCACAGAAUACAUCAUUAAACGCUCUCCUGAACGCUUCGUCAGCGAAUAGUCAGCAGCAGUUGAUACAAACCGUCCAGCCGAUAGUAGUUUCCAGCGACUUAUUAAAUCUAAUAGUGCAGCAGUCUUCCGCUCCGGUACAAUUGGUAACAAAUACGACGCAAUCUCAGCCUAUCAAAAUUGAAGAGACGCCCGUUUCGCCUCCUAUACAACCAUUUAUCAAUGAUCAAUUACGAACAUUAGCUAAGAAUAAUACACCUAAACCACCGCCGGCGGUAUCAUCAACGUUGACGAGUAAGCCAACUGUGCAGCAACUCUUAGAGAUGAAAUCCAAUCAGACGAAAAUUUCUUCGCAAAUUCAGGAAACGAGUCAUCAAUUACCAGCUACGACACCGAAUAGCGAAUUUAGAAUUCCAAGAAAUCCUCCGACAAUAAGUAAUAACACACAUUUUCAAAACAACUUACAAAAGAAAAGGGUAGUUAUUGUAGAGCCUCAACAGUCUAAGCAAAAUCAAUCGAAAAAUAAGAUACUCGCCAAUCUAUUGACUGGAACUCCAACACAAUAUCACUUGAACCACGAGCAGGUUAAGAAAGAAAAAAGCUAUAUACCAAUAAAACCAGCAACUAAUGCAACUGUUUCAUCAUCUCAGUCGAUAAUAAAUCAGAUAUCACCAUCUUCGUCUGUUUUAAUUAAUCGGAUAUUCACUGAAAGGCAAACAGUCAACGAUUUUCAACGUCAAGUUUUGAUAAACGCGGCUGGAGAUGCGUGUCAACCACCGGUUUUACAACCCCAAUCUCCUAUUACAUCGACUACUGUUCAACAACCUACAAAUUAUACUAAGGCGCCUAUGUCCCCUCCAACAAGUCAAGUUUGCGUAACUGUAGAAAGAGAUUCUAAUCGCAGAAAGUUAGGUCAUAAGAAUGCCGAACAAAAGAGAAGAGUUAACAUCAAAUACGGCUUUGAUAUGCUGCACGAGUUGGUUCCUUCUCUGAACUCUACUGCAGGUGGUUCGGGCAAAGUCUCUAAGGCUGUAACCUUGACAAAGGGAGCUGAAUAUGUACGAAAACUUAAAGCAGAUAGGCAAAAAUGUGACACUGAAAUGGAAUCUUUGAGAAAGCAAAUCGAAGAGUUAAACAACGAAAUCAGUAAUUGCCAGGCACAAUUACCCGCAACUGGCGUACCAGUAACCAGACAACGAGCGGACCAUAUGAAGAAUAUGCUCAACGAUUACGUAAAGAAGAGAACUCUAUCUAAUUGGAAGUUUUGGAUAUUCUCCAUUAUCAUAAAGCCACUUUUUGAUACUUUCAGGGAUAUGGUUUCAACGGCCAGUGAAGCGGAAAUGUGCCGUACAGUUUUGGCCUGGCUAGAGCAGCAUUGUUCUCUUGUUCAACUUCGACCUGGUGUACUAUCUUCCCUAACAGAAUUAAGCACAAAAACAGCUAUUCUAACAGAUCCUUCAAAAGUUCCAGAGCAGGCAACUUUAGCCGUUCAAGCGGUUAAGCAUUGACAGUUUUUUUUUCUUUGAAAAAAAUUAAGAUUUUUUUCGUUUACAAAACAGGAAAGAAUUUGAUAAAAUCUUUUCACUCUGUUUUUAAACAACGCUCAAUGAUAUGUUAAUGAUAAUGACGUUAGUGACUGUUGCGGCGAUGUAACCUACUACUACUACUAUUACUAUUACUACUACUACUACUAUGACAAUGGUGGUGACGACGACGACGAUGAAGACAGUUUCGAUAGUGAUGACGACGACGACGACGAUGAUGAUGAUGAUAUUGUUGUUGAUGACGAUGAUGACGACAACAACAACAACUAAAUGUUGGUGAGAAUGAGGAUAUUGGCGAUGUUUUUUGUUUACUAUUUCCUUAUUGUAAGGCGUACAUACUCUUCAAAAUUAAUGUUAUAAAAUAUCAAUGUCAAAUGUAUGUUAAAUUAAGAUUAUUAUCAAUUAUAAUUAUCAAUUUCUUUUUUUAAAUUUCUCCCUUUUUCCGCCAUAAGUGAGACAGCGAUGAGGCAGCAUCAAUGCAAUUUUCAUAUAUCAUUUCAUUUCUUGCAUAAUUAUAUAUACAUAUAUAUAUAUAUAUAUAUUUAUAUAUAUAUAUUUAAAUAAGAUCGAUUGUAGUAGUGGAAACAUAAAAUGACAAAAAAACUUAUAUAUU